AUGAAAUCUGUCAUUAUUGUAUUUUUUGUUAUCACGACGAGCUUCGUGGGCAGGUCGUGGAGUAUUAAAGAUGUCAAUCCCGCAGAUGGACUUCAGUAUCGCCCAAUGUUACGAGCAGCAGUUGCUCGACUCCGAAACUUCAUUGAUCCUCGAAAAGAUGAUACUUCGUUCAAUAUUAACAUGAAGCGUGGUAAAAUCCAAAAGCAGUUUAACGUUUCUGAGCCAUUUUUCUGCGACUUGAGUAUUCCGUGGCGAAGUCGAAAAGUUCCAACUUCUGUGCAUAAGUUACGUCCCGGUGAUAUUGAUGUCAUUGCAGCUAUGGGAGACUCACUAACGACCGGAAAUGGCGCCAUGGCGACGAAUAUUUUGCAAAUCCUUUUCACGAACAAGAAAAUGUCAUGGUCCGGUGGCGGUGAAGCAACUUGGAGGAAAUUUCUAACAUUACCAAAUAUUUUAAAGGAAUUCAAUCCAAAUUUGUAUGGAUAUUCGCAUCAAAAAGGUCCCGAACUGAAUGUGGCAGUUGCAGCUACUUGGUCUCGAGAUCUUCCAUUUAUGGCACAAGUUUUGGUGAAUCGGAUGAAAAAUGAGACAAAAAUCGAUCUUCACAAACAUUGGAAGCUCAUAACUCUCCUUGUUGGAGCAAAUGACUUUUGUUCAGAUGUUUGUCAUUACGAAAAUCCAGAAGUCAUCGCAAAAUUACAUGAAAAAAAUUUGCUCAAUGCUUUAAGGAUACUUCGUGAUAAUCUUCCACGAACAAUGGUGAACGUCAUUUCCACUCCAGACGUCACAAUUUCCCUUAAAUACACAAAAAUCCCUCUGGAAUGCAUUCCAAUGCAACAUUUCUUCUGUUCCUGCUUCUUUUCGACUCGUUUCGGGAAAAAUCGAAAAAAAUACAAGAAAGUUAUCCAUCAAUGGCAUGCUGUGGAAAAAGAUGUCACAGAUCGUGAUGAAUUUCAUAAUUUGACGGAUUUUACAGUGAAUUACAAUCCUUUUACGAUAAAUUCGGAUUUUCAAUCGAAUGACGAUGGAACCACGGAUUAUCGGUAUCUGUCGGAUGAUUGUUUCCAUUUUAGUCAGAGAGGAUAUGCAAGAGCAGUAAAUGCCUAUUGGAAUAACAUGUUGGAACCGUAUGGGAGGAAAAGUACGACUUGGAAGAAGGAAUUCACGGAAUUCAAGUGUCCGACGAAGGAGAUGCCGUAUUUAAGGACAAAAGGAAAUAGUUGA